UUAGCCAGAACAGCCGUGAAACGGCUAGAUAAACAGCACUGACCUGCAGAGCCGUGUCCCGAAUAACAAAAAACAACACAAAUAGAGCAGUCAAUUAAACUCCGCACCGUAUAGUGACCAACCCCCGAAGUAAUUACUGAAACAAGAACUCAGGUGCUCGACGAAUUUCUGUCGGACGGUUAGACUUUCACUUUUACGUUUCGCACAUCGAAGAUAUAAAAGAAAAACAACAAAAGCGCAGACGACGAAGAGCAGAAGAGACAACUGUGGAGAAAGGGGGCCUCAAGAGUGGCGGAGAAAGAGCCGAGCCAGCAUGAGGUGUGGAAAAUACUCGCAAGAUACCAGCGAGAUUCGCCAAGAUCCGAUAAAGCAGCGCAUCUAGAACCGUAACCGUGUGGGAUCAUUUUCAAAUGUCCAGCGGAACAACAAAAAACAAACAGCAGCACUUCUGGGCCAGCGUAUAAGCGUAAGGUGCCUGUUAGUGUGUGUGUCUUCAGCAGUAUUUCCGCAGAGCAGAGCGGAAGAGGCCGAAAUUCGUGUGUGUACGUGGUUGGAGGCUUCCAAAUUGGGUCAUAUUCAAAUCCCCCUACUAUGGAGAGCAGAACGCAGCAGACCGUCCAACACCAACAGCAACAGCAGCAGCAGUCGCAGAGGAGUCGUCUGCCGUCGUCGCCCAGUCCACCUCUGAAUGUAAACCUGGGUGGCGGUCCAAACGCAAACAGCAACAGCUCCCUCAUGGGUCUGGAGCAGGAGCCGCCGGCAUCACAAUUAGGCAGAAACAAUAACAAUGGCGGUGGCGGAGGAGGAGGAGGUGGCCAUCACCGCAGCCACAGCAUCACAAACGCAGCAGCAACAUCAUUCGUGAAUCUUCUAGAUGGCUUCACGGCGCGUGUCUCCACAGCGGUGAGUGUGGCAGGUGGUACUAGUGGCUCCAACCUCCUCAUGGACCGAAGCAGCCAGAGCGCCGCCAGCACGCCAGGCUCCACCCAUUCAAUUGCCAGUCUCACCAGCAUGGGCUCACUGGGAACCACUGCCAAUGCCCUCUACUCCUCCAUUGGCAGCGCCCUCAACUCUAUUACAUCCCCGAUAACGGCUGCAGCGGCUGCGGCAACAGCCACUACCACCGAGGUAGUUGCAGCCGCUGCUUCGGUGAUCACGAAUCACCUUAGCUCACCCACAAGUGGCACUCCUCCACAUGGACUGGACCUCGAUGAUGGAGACGACGAGUGCGAUGAUUGCGAAGAGGACGAGGAUGAUGCCGUGGAUAACGAUGGCCACAUCGCAGCGCCCACGCCUUCAAAGAGCUGGGCUGAAAACAAGAUGGUAGUGCAGGAGAUGCGUAAAAAGAUGUCCAACCUGUCGACAAUGGUGCCCACCAAUGUGCAGUUCCGGCAUCUGUCCGACGGCCGGGCCCGGAUCUACUACCUGGGAACACCGCCGCAGAGCUGGGAGACCACACUGCUCUUUACAGACAUCAAUCUCCAGCAGACGGAGGAUCAAUCAAUGCACGGGCAACGCUUGGAGUCUGGAGAUUCUGGUGCUGGGAGCCCAACAUUGAGUGCAGGCUCUCCUACAAGCACCAGCAGCCAACAGGCCUUCCAGUUUGGAUCCUUUUCUGUAAAGCCCAGGCUAUCUUGGACUCCACUGUUGCAGCAGCCUAUCCCAAAUAUAGGGGGAAACAGUGGUAGCGGAUCAGCCAGUCCCUAUGCUCGAGAGCUGCAACUGCUUCUAGAGCGCAAACGUCUCUCUAACUGGGGCAUCACGUGCUACGAGCUCCAUAAGCCCUCCGGAAAGCUGAUAUUUCCUGGCUUCAAUGACCUUUAUCAAUGUCUGGAUACGGGUUAUAAUUCUGGCAUGCUAUUCCCGACACAACUGCGAACCUGUCCGCAAUGGAUUGCGUUAGAUCCUCAGAUAUGUCCUCAGAACUCUGACAUGAUAGCCUACAUCAGUGACUGCGACCUCUUCGUUACCCACACGUUGAGCGGCCACGAAAAGCGGCUUACCUAUACGGGCAACAGUAGGCACUCCUAUCCGGACGAUGCUCUCAGUGCUGGAGUGCCCUCAUACGUAAUGCAGGAGGAGUUCAGCCGGUACCAGGGCUUCUGGUGGCAGCCACAUUCUGAAGAUGGCAUCUACCGCAUCGUCUACGAGGAGGUAGACGAGACGGAGGUCUCAUUGUACACGUUUCCUUCGUCAACGGCGGUUCACGGUCGGGUAGAUGAGUACCGUUUUCCGCGCACUGGCAGCACCAACGCCAAGUCCAAGCUCAAGCUGGUUCAGUUUGUGCUGAACGAGGCGCUGCAGAUCAGCGAGAUUUGCAUAAAGGAUCUGCCCUACUCCCUGCACGCCGUUUUCAGCUGGCUGGAGUACAUCGUGCGAGUUGGAUGGACACCGGAUGCUAACUAUGUCUGGGUUCAGGGGCUGGACCGAAAGCAGCAGCGCUUGGAUGUCUUUCUAAUACCGCUGGAUAAUUUCUGCGAGUCAUACAGCAGCCAAGUGUCCACACCAACCGACUCUAUCGGUGACCACAGUUGGCGCAGCUUAUAUAGUCGCACCAUAACGCCACUGCAGGUGAUCUACACCGAGCGCUCUGAUUGCUGGAUUAAUGUGCACGAUAUGCUCUACUUUCUGGAUCUGACGGAAACCAGCGUCACCUUCCUGUGGGCUUCAGAGGAGACAGGCUUUCGCCAUCUGUAUUUGGUGACAUCUAGUCUCAUGCUGACGCACUCCAAUGGACAAGCAGAUGCGGGAUCGACUUCCACCCAGCCCAGCUUUGUGGAGCAAUCGGCACUGCAGCCGCGUAUCAUUAAUAAGGUGGCGUUGACUAGCGGUGAGUGGGAGGUGCUGGCACGGAAUCUCUGGGUGGACAAAGCCAAUCAGCUGGUCUACUUUGUGGGCUUACGCGAUACUCCACUGGAAAAGCAUCUUUAUGUUGUCAGCCUGCAACGACCCGAGCACAUACGUUUGCUAACGGAACCGGGGUACUCAUAUCUUGUGGAAUUCGAUGAUGAUUGCCAGCUUAUGCUACUGGUGUACUGCAAUAUUCAGCGACUGCCCAGCUGCAAGGUGAUGCGUGUCAACCAAACCUGCCAGAAUGGCGGGGUCAACGGCAUCCAAAUCUCAUUGGUGGGGUAUCUGAACGAGGGUGGUAAGCCGGAGCCGCAAUACUGCCCGCAGAUCUUUCGGCCGCAACUGAAGUCGGGCGAUAUAGUCUACGCCAUGGUCUUUAAGCCGCAUAAUUUCGAACUUGGUGUAAAGUAUCCCACGGUGUUGAACGUUUACGGUGGACCCGAGGUGCAGACAGUAAAUAAUACGUUUAAGGGGAAACAUCAACUGCGGAUGCACAUGCUGGCCGCCCAAGGAUACUGUGUCAUUUGUAUCGAUUCGCGAGGAUCUCGCCAUAGAGGCAAGCGAUUCGAAAGCCAUAUUCGCGGCCGAAUGGGUCAGGUUGAGCUGAAUGAUCAGGUAGACGCCCUGCGCAUUUUGGCCGACCAACUGGGAUACAUUGACAUGGAUCGUGUGGCCAUACACGGCUGGUCCUACGGUGGCUACUUGAGUCUCAUGGGCUUGGCGCAGUAUCCGCAUAUUUUCAAAGUGGCCAUUGCAGGAGCCCCAGUCACUGACUGGGAAUAUUACGACACCGGCUACACGGAACGAUACAUGGAUCUGCCGCAGGAUAACGAAGCCGGUUACUCCGCCGGGUCCGUGCUGAACUACGUAAAUUCAUUUCCCGAAGAGGACAACCGGCUGCUGCUUAUCCACGGGCUAAUCGACGAAAACGUACACUUCUUUCACACCUCGCUGCUGAUCAGCGCUCUGAACAAGGCCAACAAACCGUAUGAAUUGCAUUUGUUUCCCGAUGAGCGUCACUCGUUGCGUAAUCUUGAAUCGAAUAAAAAUUACGAAACGAAAUUAUUAUCAUUCUUACAAAACUUAUGAGAUUCGUAAAUGUCGCAGAUUGCUAACCGCAAUAUACCUAGCAACCCGCCCUCUAAAUAGCCUCCACGAUUGUCUUUGGUCUUUAACUUUUUUUUAUAGUUUUAAAGCUUGUUUUUAUUAGUUAAAAAAUGAUGAAAAAAAAUUA